CUGAUCUGAUCAUCAGAGACUCGACACAAACUUCUCCUCUUCAUCAAAGCGUGACCUCAGUAAAACCUGAUUCACCGUCAUGUCUGCUCAAACCAACGACUCAAACAAAUUCAAGGGGCGCUACAAUGAGCCGGUGCCGACCUCCAACCUCAUGAGUGAUGAAAAUGACUUCCCAGAGUUUGAACCCUUUGAUGAACAGGCCACGCCCAGAAGCCAUGCACCUGUGGGCGCACCUCUGUCGGUGCAGCACGUCGACAUGUGUCAGCAGAUAAACAAACCGAACCACCACACGAGCGCCUACGACAUCCAGAACCUGGUGGUCCGUCGCGGUAUGGAGUUCGUGAUGCUCGUCACGUUCAGCCGCCCGCUGACCCCACAGGACGACUUCCAGCUGGAGUUCCUGAUUGGUUCAGACCCUUCAGUCAAUAGAGGCUCUCUGGUGGUGGUGACCUGCAGUUCCCGUCAGGGUGGUCCGUGGUCGGGGCAGAUUAAGGAGAUGCAAGGUGCAUCUGUGACGAUUGGAGUCACGCCGUCAGCCAACGCCAUCGUGGGGAAGUUUCGUACCUAUGUGGCCGUCGUGACAGGCACCGGCCUGCAGCGAACCAAGAGGGACCCCAACACCGACCUGUACCUGCUGUUCAACGCCUGGGCCCCAGAGGACGCCGCGUUUUUCCCUGAUGAAGCCGGACGGAGGGAGUACGUCCUGAACGACGUCGGCAUUAUGUAUCAGGGUUCUGCUGGCGCUGUGUCACAACGCAACUGGAUGUUUGGACAGUUUGAGCGUGGUGUUCUGGACGCCUGUAUUUACAUCCUGGAUGCGUCUCGGAUGCCGAUCUACGACCGGGGCAACGUCAUCAAACUGGUCAGGAAAGGGUCCGCCAUGCUGAACUCUCAGGACGAUAACGGCGUGUUGGUUGGGAACUGGAGUGACGACUACUCCAUGGGCACGCCACCAACGUCCUGGACGGGCAGCGUCAAGAUCCUGCUGCAGUAUGCCAACACCGGAGUCCCUGUUUGUUUCGCCCAGUGCUGGGUGUUCGCCGGAGUCUUCAACACCUUCCUACGUUGCCUCGGCAUCCCGGCGAGACCCAUCACCAACUUCUCUUCAGCUCACGACAACACGGGCAACCUGAAGACCGACCUCAUCUUCAAGGCUGACGGCACACCGGACAGGCGCCACACCAGGGACUCCAUCUGGAACUACCACUGCUGGAACGAGGUGUACAUUGUUCGUCCUGACCUGCCGCCUGGACUCGGAGGAUGGCAGGUGGUGGACGCCACGCCUCAGGAGACCAGUGAUGGACAUUUUCGCUGUGGUCCGGCCUCAGUCGCUGCCAUCAAGGAAGGCCUGCUGUGUCACCCGUUUGACUCUGGAUUCGUCUUUGCUGAGGUCAACAGUGACGUGAUCUUCCACAAGCGGGACCGCUACGGGACUCUGAGUCCAUUCAGGGUGGAUAAGACUCAUAUUGGGCAGGCUAUUUACACCAAAGCUGUAGGCAGCACAGCAUCUUUGGACGUCACGCACAACUACAAGUACCCUGAAGGUAGUGCAGAAGACAACAGGACUAUGUCUCGGGCGGAGGAAUACGGCGUUGAGAGGGAUCACUCCGAGGUGCCCGAUGGACAACUGUCCGUCUCCAUCACGGCUGAAAAGGUCAUGCUGGGUCAGGACGUGAACCUGUUUGUGGAUUUCCAGAACCAGGGUGAACACCCCAGAACGGUCCAAGCUCACCUGAACGCGUCGGUCAUCUUCUACACCGGAGUCACGGCCAAUCACUUCAGAGCCGAGGACUUCACUGUCACCGUGCAGGCCUAUCAGACCGAGCGUGUGAUGUUGAAGGUCACAGCUCAGGAGUACCUGCCUCACCUGGGCUCUCAGCUGUCCCUGCACUUUAUUGUGACUGGACAGGCUGACGACCAAUCAGUGUCCGCCAUAAAUGUGACCAACCUGGAGACCCCGCGGCUCACCGUGACGGUGAGCGGCGAGCCUCGGGUGCAGCAGGAGAUGUUUGUGAACGUUUCCUUCACCAACCCCUUCAACUUCCCUCUGCACAACGUACACCUGGCCAUGGAGGGACCUGGACUCAUAGACUGCAGGUCACGUUAUUACAGCGCCAUCGAUCCUCAGGCGUCCAUCUCCUGGAACGAGACGUUCUCCCCUCGUCUGGACGGACCACGGUGCAUCUUGGCGGUGCUGGACAGUAACAACCUGCGCCAGGUGUGGGGAAUGGCUGAAAUCAUCAUCAUCACGGCCUGAGGUGAUUGGUGCCAAGAGAUGUGACCCCGCCCCCUUGCCAUUUCCAGCAUGUUUCCACCAAUCAGAGAGGAGCGCGGUCAAAAAACAUUUAAAAUCUGUGAUUAAGAUUCAUAAAAUCAUAAAACUAAUUAAAACCAACUAAUUCAACAGUUAUUACACUUUUUUAAUUAAAUGCAACACUUCCAGAUUUUUGUGUUUUUAAAGAAUAAACAGCAAAAUUUUCAUAAUCAGUUAAAUGAGUAACUCUGUUUAACGAGGAUUGUUCUUUGCUUUGUGCCUUUAACACUGUUAUCAAUGCUGAAACUUUCUACUAACAAUAAAAGCAGAUUCA